GAUGCGGCGCACGCGACGCCCACCUGUUAGGGGCGCAUGCCGACGCACGCUUAAAAAUCUGGACGCGCGCCCUCCGACCGCUAGACCCGCCGCAGCUGCCAGAGACGCGACGCGCUGACCGACCAGCCUGCCAGCAGCCUCCUCCUUGCAGUUUGAAGAGCGAAGAUGCGGUUGGUGCUGUCGUGGUGGGUGUUGGUGGUGGUGUCUGUGGUGGUGGUGUCCGAGGCGUCCGGCGAUCAGCAGCAACACCAGCAGUUCCGGACGUUCACGCGCUACGGCAGACAGAACGCGGCGGACGCCAAGCAGCUCUUCUUCACCAACUCGCGAUACGGGAAACGCAUUCCCGGUCCUAUGGCAGGCAACAUGGCUCGUCUGUGGAGCGGCGGCCGGCCCAAGGGAAACGUGCAGCCCAGGGCGGAUAAAUUCUUCAUCAACAGUCGCUACGGCAAAAGAUCUCCGCCCGCGCAAUCCAAAGAAGAGUUUUAUCCGCUGCUGACUGAGUCGCCCGCCGCCGAAUCGCAAUUCCUCGUCUGCAAGUAUUCUGGAAUGAACCACCUCUACCACUGUUUACAAAGGAGUGAGGAGUCAGGUUGGAGCGCGGCGGAGGCGGCGGCCAAGGAGGGCAGCGAAGAGAGCUCCGACGAGUAGUUCGGCCUCCGCGCUGCAUCUUCCGUGAAAUCGAUGAUUUAAUUUUGUGUAUCAUUAUUUGAGGCUGGGACACUUAUAUUCUUACACACACGUCAAAGUAAAUGCAUGUUUCGAACCGACAGUGUACAGAUCGCAUUAUUGUAGCUAACUUCUCUCUCUGUGUACAAUUCAAACUCGAAUCUGCAAUAAAAUCAAGAAAUUAUGCUUUCACUGAAAUAUAUAAUCUAGCAAUGUUACCAA